CUACAAUCCUGCCCUGCCUUCCCACGUCUAAAUAACAGACUGUCUGUAGUACAAAGUGUGGAUGUUUAUUUAACUUUAACCACUGUAGUUAGAGGUCCCGCUCUGCCCCUGGCCCUUCAUCUUGCUAGCGAUUUGAGAAAGACAGAAAGAGAAACUUAAAAGAUCCUGAAAAGAUGGCCACUAGAAAGGUAGCUGAAUUUGGAAAGAAGCUGAUCCGUAGACAGAAGAUGGACUGCAGCAUGAAAGAGACCCGCUUUGCCCGCUGCCUGACCACCCUGGACCUAAUUGCCCUGGGGAUAGGAAGUACUCUUGGUGCAGGGGUCUAUGUGUUAGUAGGGGAGGUAGCCAGGGACAAAGCGGGUCCUGCUAUUGUGCUCUCUUUUCUGACUGCUGCAAUUGCCUCCGUACCUGCAGGGCUCUGCUAUGCUGAACUUGGGGCCCGGGUCCCCAAAACUGGGUCUGCCUACUUGUACAGCUAUGUCACUGUUGGAGAAAUUUGGGCAUAUAUCAUAGGAUGGAAUCUAAUACUUUCUUAUGUAAUAGGCACAGCGAGUGUCGCCAGAGCAUGGAGUUCAACUUUCGACAAUCUGGUUGAGAAAAAAAUUUCAAGCUUCUUUGAAGGACACAUCUCUGUGAAUGUACCAGGGGUUCUAGCAAAAUAUCCAGAUAUAUUUGCUGCAAUACUGAUUAUGCUUCUGACAGCCUUGUUGGCGUUUGGUGUCAGUGAAUCUGCAUUUGUUAAUAAGUGCUUCACUGCGGUAAAUUUGUUCGCUCUUUCUUUCGUCAUCAUUUCUGGAUUUGUUAAAGGAGAUUUCAAGAACUGGAAACUGACACAGGAUGACUACUUUGACAACAUGGCCAACUCCACUGUCAGUAACUCCAGCUUUGGCGAGGUGGGUGCGGGUGGUUUUGCACCUUUUGGAUUCCAGGGGAUUCUAACAGGAUCUGCGACCUGCUUCUAUGCCUUUGUGGGAUUUGACUGCAUUGCUACAACAGGAGAAGAGGCCAAAACCCCACAGCGCUCCAUUCCUAUUGGAAUCAUUGUAUCAUUGCUGAUCUGCUCUUUGGCUUACUUUGGAGUGUCUGCUGCUCUGACCCUCAUGAUGCCAUAUUAUAUGCUAAACAAAGAAAGUCCCCUUCCUGAGGCAUUCAGUUAUAUUGACUGGGACCCAGCCCGUUACGCUGUAGCAGUCGGAUCUCUGUGUGCUCUAUCUACCAGCUUGCUGGGAUCUAUGUUACCAAUGCCACGUAUAAUCUAUGCCAUGGCAGAAGAUGGACUGCUUUUCCGAUUCCUGUCCAAUGUCAAUAAGAAGACAAAAACACCAGUGAUUGCAACAAUUGCUUCAAGUGUUGUGUCAGUUGUGAUGGCAUGCCUAUUCGAUCUAAAGGCUCUUGUGGAUUUAAUGUCUAUUGGAACUCUCUUAGCUUAUACCCUUGUUGCUGUCUGUGUUCUGAUUCUCAGGUAUCAGCCUGACCAGAACACUUCAGAGCACAAUGCCAGCAUGGAGAGAGAUGAACAGAUCACUCUAAAGUCAUUAUUUUUUCCCAACAAUGAAAAUCCACUAGCAUCCACUGGGCGUUUAGUUUACUUUUGUGCAGCAGUAAUGUGCACUUUAAUCACAGUGUUGUGUGUUGUUCUGGCGUUGUGCUCUAAACCGAUUCUAAACGGAUGCCCAGGGUGGAUUGCUGUGUUGGUAGUUUUGAUUGUUCUCAUUGGAGUUGUUACUGCUGUAGUGUGGAGGCAGCCAGAAAGCAAAGUGUACCUCAGCUUCAAGGUUCCUUUACUGCCCAUUCUUCCAAUAAUAAGUGUGUUUGUGAACCUCUACCUCAUGAUGCAGCUAGAUUUAGCUACCUGGGCCCGAUUUGGUGUCUGGAUGUUAACAGGGCUCCUGAUUUACUUUCUGUAUGGAAUGUGGCAUAGUUUUGAUGAUAAGACUUCCAAUGGCAAGGAACCUACUCUUCAUUUCAGAGAUCCAAGUUAUAUGUGACCUAAUCCACCUGAUUUAAAUACAUCACGGCUGGCAAAAGUUGGUCUGUAAGCUGCACAUUUGUCAAGGAUAAAUCAUAGCUGCCCUAGACAGGUAUGGAGUUGCAUCAACAGAACCAAGCUGGAGACAAUACUGCAGUGCCCUGUCAUAAGAAGAAUGGGCUUGUCCUUCACUCCAGUCAUUGUGUCUGAGAAAGUUCAUCCAGUGUGAAUCAUUUUUCAAAGUGACUGAUUCCAAACUUCAUUAAAGUUUACAUGCUGAAAGCUAUCCAUCACACUUUUAAAAUUGCUAAGAGUAUCUGAUGUCCUUUUCAUUCUUCCUCACUGAUGGGUUACGAAGCAUAUCCUCGGAUCAGACUCAGCUGCAUUUUCCAGACUUCAGACCCUAUAUCUUGAGCUUCUUUCUCUUCCCAUGAUGCACUAUGCUACCUCUGACUCCUCAGAUUUCAUUUGCCACUAGAAGUGGACAGAUGGAAGAUUUCUGUGUCUCAAGCUGUGAGGGAUUCUUUAAUUCAUCCUUUGGUAUGAGUUUAUUGUCUAAAAUAUCUGCCAUUUCCUACCUCCCUCCAAGAUUCUGGUUACCCAGUUUUUUUGUGCUAUGUCUCAUGGUGUUUUUCCUGUGAUUUUGAUCGGUUGGCCAUCUGGAAGUCACAAAAGUCCGGAUAUGUAUCACGUGUAAUGGAUUGUCAUGGAAUACUCAGGUUCUUGCCUUCCCUUUUUAGUCCAUUCUGUAUGGGUUUAUGUUUUUUUAAUAAUCACUGGAAUUAUUUGAGGAUUGAAUAAUGUUGUGUUGUGUGUUGAGUUUCUGACUUCAAACUCCUCCCUAUAUAUAUAUAUAUAUAUAUAUAUAUAUAUAUAUAUAUAUAUAUAUAUAUGUAUGUGUGUGUGUGUGUACAUAUACAGAUUUUUGCAAAAUAUUGGUGUUUCUGGCCUAGUGUUUCUGCUCCAUUUCCAUUCACAAAGAUGUGCGUUUCUGGCAAAAAAUUAAAAGUUUGAAGUUGA